GUAGAGCUAGUGUUGGUGUGUAGAUGCACAUGACCCGCUGUCACAAGGCUAUCUCCGAAGAAUGACCAGCAGCCCUGACAUUCUCAUCUGAGAGAUGCCUGAUCCUUCUUUCGUAUACUCCUGUAUAAAUGCAUAUUUGAGUGCCGUCAAGAUGCCUCCUCAUAUGCAGUUCCCAUGUUCUCCGGCCCUACCACCAACGCCCUAUCUUCUACAACUCAAUCCAAUACAAUGAAGAUGUGCUUCCUCGAAGUCGACAACGACCUCCCCUCGUCGCGGAUCGUGGAAUCCCCUCCACGUCGACCUCUUCGCGCCUCGUGUCCUCCUGCUCAUCGGUGCCGAUGUCGUUGCCAUACUCACCACCAUCAUCAUCACCAGCACCGCUAUCAUCAUCACCAUAGUGGUCAUCACCACCGCAGCGGUCAUUAUCGCUCAAGCAGCAGCAGUAGCUCUAGCAGCUCAGAAGAUGAAUCUGAUGACGAGAGCAGUAGGACUAGAGUGGUUAUCUAUUCCCGACCUUCAUCUUCAUAUUCCUGCUCACGACCACCACCGCGGCCAUCCUCUUCGUCUUAUACAACCGUGACCAGAACGAGAGUCAGGACAGAAGAGGAGAGAUUGAUUCCAAUUCGUUACCCGCAAUUACCACUGAGAAGGGAGAGCGAGGAAGUCAUUUAUAUUCCCGCGAGAUGUUGACCCAUACCCCUGUAUGACUCGAGAUAGAUAGGGUUGUAUAUCCAUAGAUCUCUACAUCACCACCCACAUUAUACAGACAAUUCAUGCCAAGAAUGACAUUCUCGAGAAGCAUAAAAUGGCAAUGAACCAUACAAAUAUUCGUAAUGACUUCAGCUUCCGCCUCUCCCGCAUGACGUCAUGAAGCGCAAGCAUCCAGCGCCUCUUUCCCUUCCUUCCAUAACUUGGCUCUUUCCUCUGACUACAUCUUCACUUUCCCCUCUCUUUUAAA